GUCUAAGGGAGCUGCAAGCUUCCUGGGUAGGAGACACUUCUCCGUCGCACAGAUGAGGAAGGGAAGGAAGCCAGCGAGCGCCCAAGUGCCUUUUACAGCCGGUUACAAGUGGGGACUCUCCGCCCAGCCCACCUGCUUGCCUGGCUCGCAGGCAGCGCCGAAAGUACGGAGCCUCCGAGUGUCACUCGGCGCAGACCCAAGUUCAUGGAUUAAUUGGUGCCCACUGAGUUUAUGGAGCCACAUUUUUGUAACCUGCUCUUCCAUCAGUUUCUGAGAAGGAAAAAGAACUGAAGCCAAGAAGAUGCCUCGGACGAAGCAGAUUCAUCCCAGAAACCUCCGCGACAAAAUUGAAGAAGCACAAAAAGAGCUGAAUGGGGCAGAAGUUUCAAAGACAGAAAUCCUUGAGGCUGGUGUGAAAGGAGCUUCUGAAUCCCUCAAAGGUGUGAAACGGAAAAAGAUCGUUGCAGAGAAUCACCUGAAGAAAAUACCAAAAUCCCCUUUGAGGAAUCCUCUUCAGACAAAACACAAGCAGAACACCGAGGUGCCCUCAUUCCCUACCCUUCCAAGGGCUUCCGAGGCUCACAAGAAGCACAGCUUCGUCCCGGUGAAGAAUGGCAAACAGUUCACCAAACAGAACGGAGAAACGCCCGGGGUAAUUGCUGAGGCCACAAAAUCUGAAGACUCAAUCUCCCCAAAGAAGCCCUCAUUUCUAUCCCACCCAGCAGAGCUGCGGAGAUGGAGAUCUGAGGGCUCCGACCCCGCCCAGCUCAGUGUCCUUGAGGAAAAGCAGCCCUGGAGCACCUCACCCAGUCCAUCCAGGAGUGAGCGCAGUGAGUGCGUCCCUCCUCCUCCUCGUCCUCAUCCUCAUCCUCACUGUAGCAGCACGCCCCCCUCCUACACGAAUACCGCCUUUGAUGUCUUACUGAAAGCAAUGGAGCCAGAGCUGAGCACCUUAUCACAGAAGGGCUCAUCUUGUGCAAUUAGGACAGAAAAGCUAAGACCAAAUAAAACUGUCCACUCCCCUUCUACGUUAAAGAACAGUUCUGGGGAUCCCCCGGGGCACACUUCACAAGAGCUUGUUGCUGAAUCCCAGUGUUCCCCUGGCAUCUCCUACCCAGUCCCUGUGGUUGCCACUCAGGAUGAGCCCACGGCAGCCCGGCCUGUCUCUCAGCCACAUGAGCACUUUGUGUCCACACCGAACCAACACGAGCACCAGCCUCCAGGGCAUUCAGCCUUCACAGGACUGCUAACAAAUCCACAAAUUCAAGAGAAUGCCAACCUUGAACAGAUUUAUAACACAGCUGUGGUAUCAACUGUAGGCUUCACUUCUCCUUCCAGCAGAACUCAGGUGGUCCCUCCCCCCAACCAGCAGGUAGAAUCAGCUUCUCCCGUCUCAGCAAGUCCGGCCAGUACCACACAGCCACCCCCAGGGCCACUGUACAGUUCAGCUCCUGUGGCUUCUGUUGUCAGUCAGAGUGUUGAGCAGAUGUGCAGUCUUCUCCUGAGAGAUCAGAAGCCCAAGAAGCCAGGGAAAUACAUCUGUGAGUACUGUAGCCGCGCAUGCGCCAAGCCCAGCGUGCUUCUGAAGCACAUCCGCUCCCACACGGGAGAGCGCCCCUACCCCUGUGUGACGUGCGGGUUUUCCUUUAAGACUAAAAGUAAUCUCUAUAAGCACAAAAAGUCCCACGCACACACAAUCAAACUGGGUCUCGUCCUGCAACCUGAUGCUGGUGGCUUGUUCUUGGCUCAAGAGUCCCCCAAAGCACUUAGUGUCCACUCGGAUGUAGAAGACAGCGGGGAGAGCGAGGAGGAGGGCCCCGCUGAUGGGAGGCAGGUUGAGCCAGGCACCAUGGAACUGCGGCCUGUGCAAGUAAUGAAGAAGUUAUCAAAUCCUGAAGCUUUGCCCCAAUCAGUUUCUCUUCCAAGCAUCCCAGAUCAUGUGGCACUUGGCUUUUCACCUCAGGACAGGCCUUCAGACCCAGAAGCUGUGACAGAGUUACCAAAAGUUGUGGUCCACUCUGUCAACAUGUCCCCUUUCAAAAUCAACAGUUCAAAGGUUGUCAGUCCCAAGCCUGAGCUUGGCAGCACGCAAGGGCAGAAGGACCUUCAGCUUGCAAACACGCUGUCAAGUUCAGCCGCCGCCCUGGAGCCUGAGGAAAAGUCCCUUCAGAAAGGUGACUUGGGUCAGCCUGGCGGAGAGCAGGAGCCCCGUGCGGGGCCGGCGCACGGCCAGCUCCAGAGGCAGCAGGCCACCGACGACUCCCAGGAGCAGCAGGGGAAGCUUCUGAGUCCCCGGAGCUUAGGAAGCACAGACUCGGGCUACUUCUCACGUUCUGAAAGCGCCGACCAAGCAGUGAGCCCACCCACCCCCUUUGCCAGAAACUUCCCUACCAUGGACCCAGACUCUGCGAAGAGCAGCGCACCCCCUGCUCCUCGGGUCAGUACCCCAGCACCCAUUGCUCUGCCCGUGGGGGAAAAGCCUUCAGUGUCACCGUCACCGGGCCAGAUGCGCCCUCCCUUGGCCACCAAGACUCUGGAGGAGAGGAUUUCCAAACUCAUCUCAGAUAACGAAGCUCUGGUCGAUGACAAGCAGUUGGACAGCGUGAAGCCGCGGAGAACCUCGCUUUCCAGACGAGGAAGUAUCGACUCUCCCAAGUCAUACAUCUUUAAAGACUCUUUCCAGUUUGACCUAAAGCCAAUGGGACGGAGAACUAGUUCAAGCUCGGAUAUACCCAAGUCCCCAUUCACCCCUACUGAGAAGUCAAAGCAAGUGUUUCUCCUGUCUGUACCAUCCUUAGACUGUCUGCCUAUCACGAGAAGUAACUCCAUGCCAACCACAGGGUAUUCAGCAGUCCCUCCAAGUAUAAUUCCUCCCCCUCACCCACUGAGAGGAAGCCAGUCAUUUGAUGACAAAAUUGGCACCUUUUACGAUGAUGUCUUCGUCUCAGGCCCCAACCCUUCUGUGCCUCACAGUGGACAUCCCCGGCCUCUUGUCAGGCAGGCGGCGGUGGAAGACCCUUCAGCCAGCGAGCACCACGUUGUGGGUGCUGGGCCGUCCUUGGACGAGGGCUGCCAAGGGUGCCCAGGCAGCAGCGAAUUCGGACCAGGGCGGAGCAGGCCAGCAGCGCAGCCCUCGCACCUGGAAAAGAAGAAGUCUCAUCAGGGUCGAGGGACCAUGUUUGAGUGUGAAACCUGUCGAAAUCGAUACCGGAAACUUGAAAAUUUCGAGAACCAUAAAAAAUUUUACUGUUCAGAGUUGCAUGGGCCUAAAACAAAGGUAGCUCUGAGAGAGCCUGAGCCCAGCCCUGCAUCCAGCGGGCUGCAGCCUCAGGUCCUACACUACAGGGUCGCUGCUCCCACAGGGGUGUGGGAGCAGACACCCCAGAUUAGGAAAAGAAGGAAGAUGAAAAGUGUGGGAGACGAUGAGGACCCACAGCCUCGGGAAAGCAGGACUUUGAAAAGCACGCCAGCCCCUCAGCUCCCGCCUGCCCUGGGCUGUGCUCCUGGCCUUUCCAGGCCCUCUGCUGCCCUGACCAGUGAGCAGCCACACGCCGCGGGCCAGGCGCGCAGCUCCCAGGCUCAUCUCGUGGCCAGGGGCUCCGAGCCGGCGCCCGCGGGGGAGCAGCAGCUCAGCCGAGCAGCCCAGGAGCAGCUAGAGGGGAAGAGGCCAGGGACGGGCAUCUCUGUCAUCCAGCACACCAAUGCUCUGAGCCGGCCCAACUCCUUUGACAAGUCGGAACCUUUUGAAGGAGGCUCCAUGGUUUCUUUCCAAGAGCUGAGGAGAGCUGGGAAGCCUGAGGCUCUGAAAGUGAUAGGCAUCAUCUCCCCAGAGGAAGGUCACCCACCCAGGGACGUCCACCACCCUCACCAGGCUGCUCUGUCGGACUCGCUUAAAGGAGAGCUCCAGGAGAGCUCCAGGAUGAGCACGAGUGAGCGGCACGGGUCGGGACAGGCCUCACGACUUGUCCGGCAGCGUAACAUCCAAGUCCCAGAAAUUCUGGUCACCGAAGAGCCAGACGGAGACCAGGAAGCCCAGGCCCGCGACGAAGAGAAGGCCGAGAAGUUCAGCUGGCCUCCGCGCAGUGAGACUUUGUCCAAGCUGCCAACAGAGAAGCUGCCACCCAAGAAGAAGAGGCUCCGGCUGGCCGAGAUGGAGCACUCCUCCACUGAGUCAAGCUUCGACUCCACUAUUUCCCGGAGUCCCAGCCGGGAGAGCAGCUUGUCACACACGUCCAGCUUCUCGGCCUCCUUAGACAUCGAGGAUGUUUCUAAGUCGGAGGCUUCCCCCAAAACCGACCUUCCAAGUAAAGCAGAGUUUCUUUUGAUUCCACCAGGCCCCAACACACUGAGCAUCCCCGGGAGUCACCGGGAGAUGAGGCGGGCUGCAUCCGAGCAGAUCACUUGUGUGCCCGCACUGAUGGAGGUCUCUGACUUCCGGAGUAAGUCGUUCGACUGUGGCAGCGUGACUCCGCCCGGGGUAGCAGCACUUACUGAAUCACAGCCUUUCACUGCCCCUGCUGGGGUGGGAGUCACUGGGCAUGUGCCCCUUUUGGAAAGGAGACGGGGUCCAUUGAUCAGGCAGAUAUCCUUAAAUAUCGCUCAGGAGAGUCACCUGUCUCCUCUCCACACCUCACCUUUCCAGAACAUCACCCUUCCCAGUGUGAAGGCAGGCCUGCCACAGGGCCCUCAGCUCCCUAACACAUCUCCGGCGGGGUUUCCUGUGCACACCUUGCAGUCCUGGACCCAAACUACGGAUCUGCACGUGGAAGGGUCAAGCACUGGCAUUGCUAACAGCUUUACUCCUCAGCAGCCCUUUGGUACCAGUUUGUUAAAUCAAACCCAUGCACCCCUGAGCCAUCAAAACGUGCACCCGCGUCUACCGGUGCCUGCCCCGGGCAUCAGAGCAGACACGUGCUCCAUGGUGUGCGUGUCCUCCGCAGUCACAGUCGAGGACUGCUUUCCUCCCAAAUACCAGCUUCAGUGUCAGGCCCCCCCUUCCAGCCAGGCUUGCUCUGUCAAUCCUCUGCGGCCUUUGCCCAAUCAAGUUCUUGCAGACCCAGCUGUAGCCGAUCACAGCCCAGCUUCAGUAGUAGUACCAGCCAGAGCAGGAGAGCCUGUGGCCAGCUCAAGUACUCUGGCAGCACUGCAGCCCGGGCUGCCAGGCAAUCAGUUGCGGAAGGAGCCAGCAUCCUUCAUGCUGCCCGUACACCUGCAGUCUAAAGGCCCCACAUACUGUUUUGCCACGUCUCUGCCACAAAUUCUAGUGACCCAAGAUCUGUCCAACACGCCAAUUUGCCAGGCAAAUCAAAGUGCCGUGUCAGUCAGUGAGGAACAGAAUCCCAUUACAACAUUGCCAAAAGGUCCCCCUCAUGCAUUGCCAACUCCUGACCUUCCAUGCGAAAAUGUUCUCUCAGAUAUGGGCCAAAAUUCUCCAGUUUCCGAAUCCUUGCCCAUAACUCAGAAGACGUCUGUGGGUAGACUCUCUCCCCAACAGGAGUCUUCAGCCUCAAGUAAAAGGAUGCUUUCGCCAGCAAACAGUUUAGAUAUUGCCAUGGAAAAGCACCAGAAGCGGGCAAAAGAUGAACAUGGAGCUGUUUGUGCCCCAAACAUGAGGCCCUCAGAGCCACUGAGCCCAAGAGCUAGCGAUGGCCCGAAACAGAAGCCAGUUCUAGUUAGGCAGCUCUGUACCACCGAGCCCCUUGGAGGAGGGGUUUCAGAGCAGGGUGACUUUUCUCAGCCUGGAACUAGUAACAACACUGCUAAUUUGACAGGCGUUUUGCCAGCUGAUAGUCUGUCAUCAGAACAACCCAGGUUUGUAGUCACAGAACCUAUCAGUGAAUUGCAAGAAUUUGAAAACAGCCCACCUAAGUCAUUGACUGUUACAGUGGCAAAUUCACAUGACCCUUUAGAAAAUGCCCAUGUUUCUCCUUUGAAAUCUAUAGGCAAUAACCAAGAAAGGAAGUCUCCAGGGCUUAAAAAUCAAGUUGACAAGGUCAACAUCCAAGGACAGAGUACACCACCAGCCUCCUCUGAUCCAUCUCUGUCCAGCAAGUCAGAUCCCCAACAGCCAUCUUUCCCCAGCCUGAAGACUGCAACCAGCUUUACCUGGUGUUACCUAUUAAGGCAGAAGUCACUGCAUUUGCCCCAAAAUGACCAGAAAACUUCAGCCUAUACCGAAUGGACAGUGAGCUCCAGUAAUCCAAAUCCACUUGAUUUGCCUACAAAAGUUGCUCUUUCUCUUCUUAAUUCAAAACAGAAGACUGGAAAGUCACUAUAUUGUGAAGCAAUAACCACCCAUUCAAAGUCAGAUUUGUUGGUCUAUUCAAGCAAGUGGAAAAACAACUUAAGCAAGAGAGCAUUAGGUAAUCAAAAGUCCACAGUAGUUGAAUUCAGCAAUAAAGAUGCCUCUGAAAUUAACAGUGAGCAAGAUAAAGAAAAUUCCUUAAUCAAAAGUGAACCAAGAAGAAUUAAAAUAUUUGAUGGAGGGUAUAAAUCAAAUGAAGAGUAUGUCUAUGUCCGAGGCAGGGGAAGAGGAAAGUACAUUUGUGAAGAAUGUGGAAUACGUUGUAAGAAACCCAGCAUGUUAAAGAAACACAUAAGAACCCACACAGAUGUUCGCCCCUACCAUUGCACUUACUGUAACUUUUCCUUUAAGACCAAAGGAAAUCUGACAAAACACAUGAAGUCCAAGGCACAUAGCAAGAAAUGUGUGGAUUUAGGCGUCUCAGUAGGUUUAAUAGAUGAGCAAGACACAGAAGAAUCAGAUGAAAAGCAGAGAUUUGGUAUUGAGCGGUCUGGAUAUGACCUUGAAGAAUCGGAUGGCCCCGAUGAGGAUGACAAUGACAAUGACGACGACGACGAGGACAGCCAGGCAGACUCUGGCCUGUCGGCAGCACCUUCUGUGACCGCCAGCCCACAGCACCUGCCAUGCAGGAGUGGCCUUCAGGACCUGGGGUGUGCAGAAGAGGACCUCAGGCUUCCCGAGUACUUCUCAGGGGUACACACAGACCCGAUGGACAUUCUGCCUCGAGCACUGCUUACCAAGAUGACUGUUUUGAGCACGGGGCAGUCCGACCCCCACAAAAGGACACAUUCCCCAGCAAAGGCCAGGCAGCAUGCUGCCCAAGGCGAGGAUGAGGCCAUUCCUUCUGCAGAUGCUUCCCGGCCCCGCGAGGCAGCACCAAGGUCUCCCUGUCAUCAGAUGUCGGUGGAGUACCCUGCACCUGAAGUCUGGGGAAGUUCUGUGGCCGGAAAGGCUGUGGCUUUAACACAGGACACCUCAUGUGGGAGACUUCCUUCCGCCGGAGCCCAGCCCAGCCCUCAGCCAGCGGCAGCAGGGAUUCAGUCUGCAGCCUCCCCGCAUUCGGACAGCCAAGACAGCAAGGAGCAGCCGCCCUCCCGCCCGCCUGCAGGCCUGCCUGCCUCCCAGACGCACUUGUUCAGCCACCUCCCCUUGCACUCCCAGCAGCAGUCCAGGACCCCGUACAACAUGGUUCCCGUGGGGGGGAUCCACGUGGUGCCCGCCGGACUCACCUACUCCACGUUUGUACCUAUCCAGGCGGGGCCCGUGCAGCUCACCAUCCCUGCUGUGAGCGUCUUCCACAGAACCGUGGGCACCCCUGGGGACUCGGGCACAGACGGCGCCGGCCCCGGCGCUGCGAAUCCUGCAGGGGUGGCCGAGCUGAGCAGUGUGGUCCCCUGUAUCCCCAUUGGCCAAAUCCGAGUGCCCGGCCUCCCGAACCUCAGCCCCCCGGGCCUGCAGUCGCUCACCUCGCUGGGCAUGGAGACGGUGAACAUCGUGGGGCUGGCCCGCGCCAACCUCGGCCCGCAGGUGCACCCGCCGGGCCUGGCCCUCAACGCCGUGGGGCUGCAGGUCCUGACUGGCGCGCCCGCGCAGAGCAGCCCCGGCCUCCAGAUCCUCAACAUAGCGCUGCCCACCUUGAUCCCCUCUGUCAGCCAGGUGCCCGUGGGCGCCCCCGGGGCUCCGGAGACUGCAGCUGCCCUGGGCAAGGCGGAGGCACAGCCCCAGCAGAGCCAGGCCGGCAACCCCGAGUCCCCACGCUGCACCCCUGAUGGCCAGCAGGAAAAUGCACCUGGGCCUGCGGGGGAAAGGCCCAGGCUCGAAGGCCCGGGCACGGUGGACGCGUCGAAGGCCGCCUGUGUAGGCCAGGGGACGUCUGUGCCCGAGGGCACCACCACGCGCUCGCCAGAAGCACCGCGGGAGGCCCCGCCGCCCGGCCCCCAGCCUGGCCCCGCAGACCGGCCGCCCAGGGUGCCGCCCCGGCCGCCGCCCGUACAGUUCAGCGACGUGAGCAGCGACGACGAUGAAGACAGGCUCGUGAUAGCAACCUAAUGGAGUAUUUUUUAUUUUAAUUUUUUAAUAACACAAAGGUUUCUUUGAAAACCCUCCUUUCCUUAAAGCACAUUUUUUCUGACAUAAAUUCACAACUAAUCUUUGUGCAAUCAUGAACUUUUGACCAAUAUUGUUUUAUGUCAGCUCCAGCCAUUUUUGUACAUGUUGUAUAGACAAUUGUGCCUUUUAGGAGUUUUAUGUUUAGAAACUGUACAGAUUGUUGAAUAUCUAUAUGCAUACAAAUAUGUUAUAUAUGUAUAUGACAACCAAGUAGUUAUUUGUGAUUUUAGUAAGAGCCUGUCACAUAAACGAUUAAAUUAUAUGUUGCACUGUUAAAUAUAAAUUUUUAUGGCUGUGGGGCAGUUUCUGUGUAUAAAUUAGUAUGUAAACCCGUAUUUAUUGUAUUCCUGUUAGUCUUUACAAAUGGAUCUGUCCUCCUUGUGUAAGACAGUAACUUUACACCUCAGACAGAUUUUCUGUGUUAUGAAAUGUUUCAAUAAAAUAUUGUUUACUGACUUUA